GCACUGUGCGACCUUCAUCUGUCUAGCGCGUGUUAAAAGUUGUAUUGUUUCCAAACAGGUGCGCGGGAUUUUGCUGAUUUUAUUUAUGUCAUCGCUCAAUUUUAAAAUGCCUUGUUAGGUUUGUUGCGAGUUGCUGGGCGUUUAGACAUCCUCGCGGAACCCCGCAGCCGUCUCUUCUGAUUACGUGUCCGGCGGUUGGGCAGGUCCUACGUGGAAUAACUGGACGCGGCAACGACCAGCAGAAGAUAACGACGAGUCCUCAAUCUUUGUUACUGCUUUGAGAGACUCGACCUGCAGGUAUGGGAAGAGCUAGGAAGGACUCCUUCAAUCAGCCACCGGUUGAGACGUACCGGAAAUUUAUAGGGAAACACGAGAACAAGAAGUCAAAGUCUGACAUCAAGGAGUCAAAGAAGCGCGUGCAAAGCAAGAAGACGAAGUCCAAGACGUACAAGGAAAUUGCCAUCAUGCUGUGCUUCCUGACUGCUGGGCUUUUUGGAGGAUAUGCACUGUCCUACGUGUUGCUCAGUGGCAGCAUUCCGUCACUGUGGGCCUCGCUGACGAAAAACUGAUGAGGAUCUGAGACUCUCUUCGGCCAUCUCGUCUCGUGUGCGCCAGAGUACGAUGCCAAAAAAGUGUCAUUUGUUUUUCUUUUGUUUGCUUGCUUCUGAGCAUUGCAAAACUGUCGUGCAAUAUCUGCCUUCCUCUCCUGUAGAGUUGUGCAUGUUGUUUCAAUUUUUAAUGUGAUGUACCUGACUUUGUGCAUAUGUCUUCUAAACUGUUACGGUGUACUACCUAAGCAGUGUAAAGUCCUCGACGCCUAUGUGUGUUAUUGACAAGCUUCUAAUAUUGUUUGAGCGCACCUGCUAUCUUUAACGUCUCAGUCAAGCAAUAGACAUUUUUUUAUUAUUGCUUUUAGAUGAUUAGCGCUGUGUAAUUGUUUUUUACAAAUAAUUUCGGGUGUUGCUCACGUGGAAGAAACUUGACGUGCUAGCACCCAUUUUGGUUUAGUGUGGAAAGUUGGCUCCUGUUAACGCACUUGCUUUAAUGUUUAUUUGUGUUUUUUGAUCAGCACUGUACAUGACACAAAAUGGAAGGAAAAGAAGAAAGCCUUCCUUUCUUCAUCUACCGGAGUUGAAUGAAAGAACAUACAGCAGCUUUAUAGUUUUCUUCAAUAUACUGGCAACAAGUGCGAGAUUCCUAAGAAGCUCACAUCAGACCUAUGUUUGGAGCACAUUGAGUUGUCAGAAUUCUUCUUCUGAGAAGUCUAGUGAGCCUGUCUGCACUGUUAGUUGAUGCUUUGGUGUCACAGUUACAUUCUAUGACAAGCAAGUCCCCUGCUCAAGUCAUUUGCUUUUAUAUAUGCCAGUUACUGUGUUUCUUUUUCUUUAGAUUGCUCUUGUUCUUCUUUCUGAAUGAAGCUACUGUUUCAAGAAGUUGAGCAUCUUAUUGUGCAGAUAACCGAGUACUCGCAUGAAAGCCUCCUUGUGUUGUUUAACCGAGUGCUGGCAUUUAUCUUCUUUAAAAGGAAUAGUCGCAACUUCCCAGCAACCUUCUAGCAAUGUGCUGGUGUUUGUCCUCUCUAAAAGCAAUAUAUGCAGCCUUUGGGAUGCUUAACAUGAAUGCAUUCUAGGCUUCUUUUUUAUGUUUUUCCUCUCAUACUGCAAAGAGAGCUGGGGCUUUUCCGUUACAAUGUCUGGCUUGUGCAAGUUCGAAUUGUGUUUGUUCCAAAUUCUUCAGCGUGUCAUUUUCAUCACAUCCCUCUCUUCGACAAGGCCACCGGAAGUGUGAUUCAUCUGUUUGGCAUAAGUGUGUCACAACUGGUACACUGUCAUCUCUGCCACGGUUACUCAGUAGAAAUGCCUAUCAUUGCUGAAAUGUGAAGACAUCUGAUGCUUCACUUUGUUGGCAGGGCACUUUUAGCCAGGACAAGAUAUGACAUGGAGGCACUAGGAUUUUAUAUGCACUAAUGACUAAUACUAUAAUGGACCUUCCUGAAAGCAGCAUCCAUGUGGAAAGCCUCUCUGACAUACUGUCGGUAGUAGCAUAUUGUUGCCUUGCGUUAGCGCACCGAUGGCCAUAGUUUUAUUGUACCUUGGUAGCCACGCAAAAUGUGUUUUAUCAGGAAGGGCGCCAUGUUUGUCACACAGCGUAAAGCAGAAAUACAAAUGCCGGGUGACGCCAUACGAAAGAGGUGUUUCAUGCAGCCUCUGCUGUAGAAAUUGCCAAAAUUCGCCCUUUGCCAUCAAAACGUGCCAGCGCAUUGCUCUUUGUGACUUUUUGUCAUGUUCAUUGUCAGUUCCUUGGGAAUAAUGAGGAUAGUACCCAAUAUUGGUCAUGUUCCUAUUCUUUAGAUGGAAGCUACUGGAACUGAUUGUUACGCAUGGGAGUUGCUUCAUGCAUGCUUGCAUCACCAACAGCAGUACAAUUCAUACCCUGCUUUAAACUGAUUAAGUUACCCAUCACAAGCAGUUUCGGCAGAGCAGGGGAAAGCCUAAUAACCUAUGCAAUCAAAUGCACCAGCUAGAUCUUGAAAUAAGAAUUCAAGUGCCAACAAUAUCCCAAUAUUCCCUAGAAACCUUCCCCACCAGUAGUUUUUUCGUCAGUCUUAAAUGCCUCCAUUCUACCGCCGCACAUACCGUAUGUAUUUCUGCCACAAUUGCCAAUAAAGUAGUUGUGGCAAGCUACUUCUUCAGAAGCAGUUGGCGGUGGCUAAUUGGUUUACAAUGCGCAGAGUCGUCCCCUUCGUUAGACUUAGGUCGACUUCACCACAUCAUUGCUGCGCAGCGCACAGUGGCAUCGAAGGACUUGUCUGGUAAAGCAGUACAAGAAUUUGCAGCUAUAUCUGGGUUACGGUGAGGCAAGAAUGCCUGCAUGAACUGCUGCUGGCACUCCGUACAAUAUGGUGGCUUCUUUUAAGUAGCCAUGGUAUUUCACAUGCCAUGAAGUAAAAACUGCACCGUAAUUAUCCAAAACCAUUCGCAAUGCUAUAGCAUGUGCCACAUACGUGUCCAUCUAAAGCAGGUGCCGUCUGGACAUAGUUGUGAAAUGGGCACUGCUGAAGGCGGGAUUCGGCUUUCCCCACCGUAGCUGGUUGUACUGUCAGAGGCAACAACGACAACAAACGCAGUUAGAGCCUGAUCCAAUAGGACUGGCUGGAACCCACUUCAUUUUGAUUGAGCAGCUGAGGCCCUGCUAAAGUAGACCUGUGUCGCACAGAUACUUUCAAUCAUGCUCGAGUCACUGCACAUAUGGUGUUGUUGCACAGUCAUGUUCAAGCUUGCUUGGCUUCUUCCCUCCUAUACUCAGCCACGUUUCAUGUUUCAAUCAUAAUUGAAAGGUUUAGUGCAAGUAAACUCCUAUGGAAAUUGAAACUGCCUAUGUGACAAGAGUGUAAAACGAAUGUUUAGUUUUACUUGUCAACGUGUAUUGUACCUGGCUGCUUGGUUGCUUAAAGCACUUGUGCAUGCUGCAACAGACUACUGAGAGUUAAUAUUAAUAUAUUGACCUGUCACUAAGCAAAGACCAUUUGACAAGCUAAACACAUUCCCAUGUGCCACUGUAAUGAUGCACCUUGCAUCGUUCAUGCAUAUUUUAUGGGACCCUAUGCAUUUCACACCAAAGCAGUUGUGGUGGUAUUUUUGCACUACUGUGUUACAAUACUCUCUUUUUUUAUGUCCAGCCCUUUGUUCUUGAUUUAUUUACCAGUAUGUUCAAAGGAGCCUGUACAAUAUGUUUUAGGCAAGUGCUAGCAAGUUAAGAACGGUUUAUACAGUUGCCACCAGUCGGCCUGCCAUACACGACAUGUACCUUUGUAUGAAUAAAGCUUUUUUUAAAAUCUG